GGCAUCAAAAACUACACAGAAGUAAAAGCAGAAAACUCUAUAGAAGACCAUAUGAAAGUGGAAGACCUUGUGAAAAUGAAAGCAGAUGAACUCAUAGAAGCAGAAGCAAAAAAUUCCUGA